CUCCGGCCUCCGCCGGGAAACGUUAGGGAGGAGGUUUUCAGACCGCUCACCCCUCACUCCUCGAGCGCGAAACGGGGUGGGAAAGGUGAAAUUGGGGUCAGGGUUUCUGCCUGGCGAGAAAGAAGGCGUCUGCAUAGGGUCAUUUUGAGCAUGUUUUGUGCGCAGUCAUGCAAAGUUACAGGCCGGUCCCUUCCGCCUGGGGAAUGGCCUGUCUCCACUAAGUGAAAAUGCCGUAUUUAUCCGUUAAUCAGAAACGCAUCGAGCAGAGCAUCUACCUAGCUACGUGAGGCUCUCAAUAUACUUAAGCCCCAGCAUGCAAAUACUAAAGAAGAAACAAUAAUGCUCUUCUCCCAAAGCUCCUAAUUGCACUGGUCUUGAACCUCCAGCUGUACUGAAGUUCAUUUGUGCCUUUCUGAGUGACCAUCUUUCCACCGUAGAAAAGGACACAAAUGGAGAAGUUCUGUGGGUGUGGUGUUAUCCUUCCACGACAGCUACUUUAAGGAAUUUACUGCUGAGAAAAUGCUGCCUUACAGAUGAAAACAAACUUCUCCAUCCCUUCGUCUUUGGUCAGUACAGAAGAACAUGGUUUUAUAUCACAACAGUUGAAGUUCCAGAUUCUUCAGUUUUGAUAAAGAAUGUACCUGAAACAUGGGAGCCCAGUUAAAAUGAUGGAGAGUUAUAUUGCAGUACUCACAAAGGGGAUAUGCCAGAGUGAAGAAAAUGGCUCUUUCCUUAGCAAGGAUUUUGAUGCCCGAAAGGCUUAUCUUGCAGGCUCCAUCAAAGACAUUGUAUCUCAGUUUGGAAUGGAAACCGUUAUCUUACACACAGCACUGAUGCUAAAGAAAAGAAUUGUCGUCUAUCACCCCAAAAUAGAAGCUGUCCAGGAGUUCACCAGGACUCUGCCUGCCCUGGUGUGGCAUCGACAGGACUGGACCAUACUUCAUUCCUAUGUGCACCUCAGUGCCGAGGAGCUGGAAGCCCUGCGGAUGUGCCCAGGUUACAUCGCUGGGUUUGUGGACUUGGAGGUGAGCAACAGGUCAGACCUCUAUGACGUGUUUGUGAAUCUGGCAGAUCGUGAGAUUACCAUUGCCCCACUUGCGAAAGAGGCCAUGACAAUGGGCAAACUGCACAAAGAAAUUGGUCAGCUGAUUGUUCAAUCUGCAGAAGAUCCGGAGAAGUCAGACGGCCAAGUCAUACAGCGCUGGUGGCCCAUCGGCUCAGGCCAGGAAGAGUGGGCGGGGCUUGUCCUGAGAGCCGAGACUCUUCCUUUCCUACUGCGUGGAUCAUCACUGCCCAUCCAUCCCUCCAUCAACGCUCAAGAUAUUUCUCUAAAAACUAGAGAAAUCUUCACCCACCUGGAACCAUUUUCAGAAGUUUCUGGUGAUGGAGAAAAGCUAGUUCUCAAUUUUGAGGCACUAAAGCAAAGACGAUUUCCACCAGCAACAGAAAACUUCCUUUACCAUCUAGCAGCAGCUGAGCAAAUGCUGAAAAUCUGACUGUGUGACAGCAUAUCCCUGAUGAAUGAUAGAAAGUUCUCUCACCAUGGUUAUCCACUGUGUAAAAUACUGAAAAUAGCACAGAAAAUGUUCUAUUUUUAAUGAUUUAUGUGAAAGUGUUGAGAUUUGACCUGAAAAAGCCCUAAAACACGUAUGAAAACAUUUCCGAUGUCCUCCUGGUCAGAUUCAUGCCUGCGGUCAGGGUCAGACCAAGUGCUGUAACUACCACCUAUGACGUGAGCAACGACGUGGUGUCCCGGCGUAAGAGAAAAAAAAGCUCUGCCAAGUUUUAGUGCAAAUCACAGCAAACCCGAAAGCCUUCAUUAUUAUCAGUUCCACUUGUCCCAUUGCGUAGCCACAAACGAAUGGCUUACUUUCAGAAAGCUGCCUGAAAUUUUGCUUUGUAUUCUUCUAGGAAGAACUUUUAUUCCUCAUGAGGAACUCUACUUUCUGAGCCAAACUACUAAGUUUUCUGCAGAACUGUCCAGAAGAUCAUUCAAAAAAGAUCCUGCAGUUGCACUUUCUUGUAAAAGAAAAGAAUUCUUUUUCUCGGCCUUUAAACAUUUUUGCCUAUAUUAUGAGGAUUUUGCAUAGAUUUUAUACUUGAGUAGACAACUUUAAUAAUCCAUAUUUAUAUUGUCACAGAAGUAAGCACUUGGCAAACUUAAGCCAUUAGUACUCUUUAAUUAACCCUGUUGCUAGCAAUAUUCUUUUGAAAAAGAUGCCAGUCCUUAUAUGAUAGAGCAAAAAUAAGCCCAUUUUGGAUAUAAAUGUCGGUAUGAAGAAAAUAGCAACUUUACAUAAUUACAAAGGCUAAGACCAGGGAGUGUCUUCAUACUUCAGUGAAAGUAAUUUGGCCACACUGGAAAGUAUUCUUGUUCAGCUUAUGUACCUUUUUCAUAAUUGGAGGCCUAAAAGUUGCAAAAUAAGCAUAGAGGUCUAAAAUUAUGUAUUUGUUAUUAUAUGUAUUCAUAUUAAUUAUGAAAAAUUAUUUUACACUCACUACUGUUGUCCUUAGAAAUCUUACCCAGAAAAACAGUUGCAAAAAAAUCUUGUCUUUAUUAGAUCUUUCAUUUAUUCUUUGUGUUAGACAUUUGUUAAGUAAAAAUAAAAAAUAGCCUUUUCCCCUCCCUCCUUGGGUGGGGGCAGGGAGGAUCUGGAAUGAGAUGAUGUUUACUAAGGCAAACAAUUGAAAAUUAAAUCUGCACUUUAUGAAAACGAA